CGACUAGGAGGCAAAGGCAACCAACAGAUUCGUCGAGAUGGCGCAAUACGGCAAGGCCACGUACUGGGACGAGCGCUACACCAAGGACUCGGAGCAAUUCGACUGGUACCAACGCUACGGCGGUUUGAAAGAACUGCUAAACCAGUAUGUGAAGAAGACGGACAGUAUCCUCAUGGCAGGCGCCGGCAACUCGCGGCUGUCGGAAGAGAUGGUCAACGACGGAUACCAGAAGAUCAUGAAUGUCGACGUCUCGGAGAUUGUGGUCAAGCAGAUGACGUCCAAGUACGAGGACCGCGUGGAGCAGUUGCAGUGGCAGAAGAUGAACAUGUGCUCGCUGGACUUUGCGGACGAAACGUACGACGCGGUGGUGGACAAGGGCACGAUGGACUCAAUUCUGUGUGGCGAAGGCUCGACGGCCAAUGUGGCCAAAAUGUGCCAGGAAAUCCACCGCGUGCUCAAGCCCAACGGCGUCUACUUCAUCGUGUCGUAUGGUGUGCCGGAUAAUCGACUGAGCUACCUCGAGAACAAGGAGUUGCAGUGGAAAGUGGCGGUGCACACGGUGCCCAAGCCCACGGUCAGCGCCGUGCAGGUGUCAGAGGCCGAUGCCAACGCGGUGCACUACAUUUACGUGUGCCAGAAGGGCGUUAAGGCCGAGUAGGCAACAGAGGUGCACAGGCGAUAAGAAUUUGCCAUAAUAUAUGGAACUCUUGAGAGCUCUUUUAUGAAAAA